UCAGUGUGGGCAGCUGAAAGUUUCUAUUUAAAUCCGAUCUGAAACCGCGCUCCGUAGUCUUACGAGCACUAGGCAGCGCGCGCCUGCAACGAAACAAAUCGCAAAAGAUGUCGAUAGUCCCAAUGAUGUUCCGUGACUGGUGGGACGACUGGGAGCGCCCAUCUCGCCUGCUGGACCAGCACUUCGGCGUGGGGCUCCGCAAGGACGACCUGCUCUCAUCCCUCUCCAGCUUCCCCUCAAGCUCUAUCCUCAGGAACUCCUACUUCAGGCCGUGGAGGGCGAACCUUGCAAGACAGGAGUCUGCGUCAACAAUUAAUUUGACAAAGGAAAAGUUCGAGGUUAUCCUAGACGUCCAACAAUUCGCCCCUGAGGAGAUAACAGUAAAAGCCACCAACAACUCAGUCGUAGUUGAAGGCAAGCACGAAGAGAAGCCAGACGAACAUGGUUUCAUAUCCCGUCAGUUCACACGCAGAUACAUUCUACCUACUGGCUACGAGGUCGCAGACCUCACCAGCACUCUAUCCUCUGACGGAGUCCUCACUAUAACAGCACCGAAGCGUCCUCCCCCUAACAGCGGAGAAAGGAUAAUACCUAUCACCAAAACUGGCCCAGCAAAGCAACCAGAGACCCCGAAAUCUCCCGCUACCGAACAAACAUCCCAGCAGCCCCGUGAACAAACUGUUCCCAUUGUUACAUCCCCUUAAUAAACUAUACCUUCCUUAUAAUAAUUUACCUUAAUAGAGUUACUUUCCCAUAUUAAUAUUAAUUUCCCUUUAAAUGGACCACUUAUCCCUAAGUGAGACAUCGAUAAUGCCAAGGCAACGAUCGAAACAUGAAUAGCAUUUAUUUUUAACCCGCUGUUGGCCAACAACGGGCAACGAUUCGAAAACGAAUUAAUUUCAUAAAAGGAAUGCAAAACGUCACUUGUUUGAAACACACAAUUUGUAAAAAUUGUAUAAUAUAUUGCAAUUAAUGUAA